AUCUUCCAAGAAGACCGUGAACGCGUCAUGGCAGUAGACGGUAGGUUGCUUGGCCGGUAGCCGUCCAGCUAAAUGGAAAGUAGCAAUACUUCACGGCUAACUAUGCCCGGGAAAUGUAAAUUCAAAGACUCCUGGCUCUCAAAGGGAAUUUACAAGGACUGGCUGGUAAAGGACGUCCAGGACAUUCACUUCGCCCGAUGUAGAGCCUGUUGUAAAUCAAUCAAACUUAUGACCAUGGGCGAGGCAGCACUCACCAGCCACGCAGGGGGAGCUGGCCACAAAGCAGCGGUCCGCAAGCUAGUGGAAGGUAGCUUAGCUUCAGCCUCCGAGAAAACAGCCUGAAAAGAUAAAAGCAUGUCAACAAGGCAGGAAAAUUGAUGAUGACAAAUUCCAGUGGGGAGAUGAACGGCAGCAGGAAUCAGUCUCAGACUGUAGACAACAAGGAUCAAGUGGCCAUCUGCCUCCAGCGUGACUCCUUGGACAGAAUAACAGGCAGUGAAGUGUCAGAUCUGCACCACAGCCCCACUACGAACUCCACAUCCCACAAUGCAGAGCUACAGGAUAUGUUUCCUGCUGCCUUCUUCACAGCACCAGGCACCUCCAGGCUCAUCAGCCAGCGCCUCCACCCGCCAGACAUCGAGACGGAGGAAGUGGGUCACCCCUCGACUCAGCACGACUCCAGCGACCUGUCGAGACUGGAGUAUCAGCAGAGGACAGAAGCUCUGGAGCAGCAGCAGCAGAUGAAGAUCCUGGAGUGGGAGAACAGGAUGAAGGUGCUCGCGUGGGAGAUGGAGCUGGUGAGGGAGAAGAGGAAAGCAGCGCGGCAGAAGGAGAAGGCCUUCAGGAUGAAGACGGCUUACUACAAAGCCAAGCUAAAGAGGAUGGGUGAGGACAUGCCGCCCUCUUCUCCCAGCAGCUGCGAUGAAGAGAAGACGCCUGAUCUGACAGGAUGAACUGUUUUAAUAGUUGUAUUUUUAUUAGUGCUGUUUCAUUCUUGUAUUUUUUUUUUGUUUGUUUUUAUGCUAUGGAACUAUGGUUACUAUUUUUAUUCACUGAUUUGUACUUUAAUCAGCUGUUCUUCUUUGGUUCUUCUUGUUUUUUUGAGAAAGACUGAAGUUGUAAAAAGCAUGACGACUGUUACUUGAAAGCAGAAGUUAGAUCACUUGUCUUCACAUUCCUUUGAAGACUCCGUAUGGUGACAAGGACAACCAACCAAUCUAUGAACUGUGUGAAAGGGUUGAGAUCAAAACGACAAUGAUCUUGUUUUAUCUGCCAUUUUCCAUCACAGUGUGACUUCAGUAUUGAAAAUAAGAUGUUCAUUGAUGUUUAAGGUCUGUAAAGGUCAUUGUCAGUUCUAUGAAGAAUGUUACUUUAAAGAAUGUAAUGAGAUUACAUCUAAACACUACAGAUGUAUGACAUUCCUAAACUGACAAUCUUUUAAUAUGAUUGUAAAUACAAAGAUUCUUUUGCAGUGCAUGGUAACAUGAGUAUGUACGCUUUUGUUGGCUUUGUAAAUAAAUUAGCAUUUGAUACAAAGUCGGUGGUGACUUUAGAAAUCAGAGAAAUCAAAGGAUGACACACGAGAGCUUUAAAGUGAGGUCAACCACCGAUGUUGAACAUUAAAGGCCAAAGGUGUUAGAUGGGGUUGAGGUCAGGGCUCUCUGCAAGUUUUUCCACACAAAACUGGACCACAAAGUUGGAAGCACACUAAGUUAUCAUUGUUUGUCAUAACAUUAACAUUACUAGGAGGGUCCUAGUUCAACAUGGAAAACAGACCCAGACUAAAAGUACACAAUCAAUGUGUGUCAGUGUCCAUGUCCUUUAUACAGGCAUCAUGGCAUUUUGAAACCCAGUUUAAUGCCUAAUAUGUUUAGGAAGUAUGAUUCGUUAUUACCAAAUCAAGAAACUUUUUUUCUUUUCAACAGUUUGACAUUUUGGGAAAUAAUUCUUUAUUUUCCUGCUGAGAAUUAAGAAGAUUUAUACCACUCUCAUGUCUGUGCGUCAAGUAUAAAGUCAGAAAGCUGUUGCAUAAUGUAGUAAGAGCCUGGUUAUCUCAGUGGUUAAAGGAAUAUACAUUACCAGCACCUCUAAAACUUAUUAACACUGUAUAUCUUGUUUUAUGUGUGCACAUGAAUUAUGGUU